CGUUCGUCGUGCUCGCCGUCGGUCACGAUCACGAUGCAUAUGGGCGCGUGCAGGGAUCGCGAAGGCUGGAAACCUGUGUCCGACAUACGCAAUUUCGACUUGACGCCAUGCUUUGAGGAAGGGAUACUGCUAUCGACUUUGCUCGUUGCGCUCCUCGUGCUCGCUAUUGGCCAGUCGUGGCGUCUUCGGUCAUUAUCGACGAUUGAGAGAAGCAGGAGGAGCGUAUGGAUACUGCGGGCGAAGCUGUGGUUAUUAUGCCUGGCGACGAUCACAUCCCUUGCAAAUCUUAUCUGCAUCCUUGUUCUCCGCAUCCACGUUCCCGUGUACCAGUCCUACCUCCUCGAGGUCAUCGCGCUAGCGGUCACCCCAGCCCUGACGUACUACAACCAUACGAGAACCCACAAAUCGUCCGCGAUACUUCUACUCUUCUGGCCGUUUUAUAUCGCAUCCUUGGGCAUAUGGACCCGCACCACGCUCGCCCUCGACCACCCCGUCUCAACUGUCGCCAUCGGCUUGAGGUGGGGUGUAGCUGGGGUGUCGGCCCUUGCGUUCGCCCUGGAAUGCCUGGGACCCGAGUCGCUGGAGGAGCUUCGGGAGAAGGAAAAGAAUGCAAACCCGCUGGUCACCGCCAACGUCUUUAGCAUAUGGAGCUUCGGCUGGCUCACCCCGUUGAUGAAGAAGGGCACGAAGCAAUAUAUUACCGAGGAUGAUCUUCCUGCGUUACUGCCUCGAGACGAGUCCUCGAAGCUCGGCGAUGACCUUCAUAACGCUAUGCAGAAACAUAAGGGAUUAUGGACGUCGCUCGCGGUCGCAUACGGAGGGCCCUAUGCUGUUGCGGCUGGACUCAAGAUCAUACAGGACUGUCUGGCCUUCCUUCAACCGCAGUUCCUUCGUUGGAUCCUCGCCUACAUGUCGGACUACCAGCAGGCGCACUCCCAUGGCUUCUCGGAGACCGGUCCCAGUCCGAUCAAAGGAUUCUCGAUAGCGGCGCUCAUGUUCGUCGCGGCAACGGCGCAGACGGUCAUCUUGAACCAGUAUUUCCAGCGCUGCUUCGAGACCGGAAUGCGUGUCCGCGCCGGCCUCGUGUCGAUGAUCUACAAGAAGGCGCUCAUCGUUUCUUCGGACGAGCGUGGACGAUCGUCCGGUGAUAUCGUGAACUUGAUGAGCGUCGAUGCGACUCGCUUGCAAGAUCUGUGUACCUUCGGGCUGAUUGCUAUCUCAGGACCGCUCCAGAUUACCCUGGCGUUCAUUUCUCUGUACGACCUGCUGGGUUGGAGCGCUUUCGUUGGAGUCGCCAUCAUGAUCUUCUCCAUUCCCCUGAACACUUUCAUCGCGCGUUUCUUGAAACGUCUGCAAGAACAGCAGAUGAAGAACAGGGAUAAGCGUACGAGGCUUAUGAGCGAAUUGCUCGCGAACAUCCGCAGUAUCAAACUAUAUGCGUGGGAGCACGCAUUCAUCCGGCGGAUCUUGCAAGUGAGGAAUGACGAAGAGUUGAGGAUGCUCAGGAAGAUAGGUAUAGCUACUUCCUUGAACAUGACCCUUUGGAGUGGAAUACCGCUUCUUGUUGCCUUCAGUUCAUUCGCUGUCGCUUCGGUGACGUCGCCCAAGCCGCUCACGUCGGAUAUCAUCUUUCCUGCCAUUUCUCUCUUCAUGUUGCUGCAGUUCCCGCUUGCAAUGUUUGCACAGGUCACCUCGAACAUCAUCGAGGCUAUGGUAUCCGUUCGGCGUCUUUCGGAUUUCUUGCACGCAGAAGAGUUGCAGCCUGAUGCGCGCAAACGCAUUCUGGACCAAAAGCCUAGGAUAGGCGAGGAAGUGCUGUCGAUCUCGCACGGCGAAUUCACUUGGUCCAAGCAGGCUGUUCAACCGACGUUGGAAGACAUCAACCUCACCGUGAAGAGGGGCGAGUUGGUCGGAGUCCUCGGUCGUGUCGGCGCUGGCAAGACAAGCUUGCUUUCAGCUAUCAUUGGUGAUAUGCGCCGUAUGGAAGGUGAGGUGAUGGUGCGAGGUUCCGUUGCCUACGCACCUCAGAAUGCAUGGAUUAUGAGUGCCACUAUCCGGGACAAUAUCCUGUUCUCGCAUACGUACGACGAGACGUUCUAUAACCUUGUCCUCGAUGCCUGUGCUCUGAGGCCCGAUUUAGCGCUGCUCGCACAAGGCGAUCUCACGGAGGUGGGCGAGAAGGGUAUCACAUUGAGUGGCGGUCAACGAGCUCGAGUAGCUCUCGCAAGAGCAGUUUACGCUCGGGCUGAUCUCACACUCCUCGAUGAUGUCCUUGCUGCGCUCGACUCGCACGUCGCACGCCACGUCUUCGAUCAGGUGAUUGGGCCUAAGGGCCUUCUAAGCACUAAAGCCAGAGUCCUCGUUACGAACAGCGUAACGUUCUUGAGAUAUUUCGAUCAGAUCAUGUUCAUCCGGAGAGGGAUCGUAUUGGAGUCCGGUUCUUAUGUUUCCUUGAUGGCCAACUCCGAGAGUGAAAUAGCGAAGCUUGUACGUGGGCACGGAGUUAACUUGUCUUCGUCAUCUUCCGGAGCUUCGACCCCUCGCCGAGGGGACGGGUCGCCCCCGGCGGACGAUACCACCACGUUGGCCGACUCUACGAAAGAGGGAGAGCUCGACGACCGCGAUAGCGUAAUCGCAGAGAAGUCCCGAAAACACAGUUUUGGCCGCGCUCAGCUGGCGGACACACUCCCUGUGCGCACCACUCAGGACGGUCCGUCCAAGGAGCACAUUGAACAAGGGCGCGUGAAGAGGGAGGUAUACCUGGAGUACAUCAAGGCCGCGUCGAAGACGGGCUUCACGAUGUUCAUGCUGGCCAUCGUUCUACAGCAGGUCCUCAAUCUCGGCGCGAACAUCACGUUGAGCUUCUGGGGCGGGCAUAAUCGCGAAAGCGGUUCAAACGCCGACGCGGGCAAGUAUCUGCUGCUGUAUGGCGUGUUCUCGCUGUCGGCUACGGUCAUUAGCGGAGCGGCGUACAUCAUCAUCUGGGUGAUGUGCUCGAUUAGGUCCUCAAAGCAUUUGCACGACCGGAUGCUCUAUUCAGUUAUGCGCGCGCCACUCAGCUUCUUCGAGCAGACCCCGACCGGUCGCAUCCUCAACCUAUUCUCUCGCGACACAUAUGUUGUCGAUAGCGUUCUUGCGAGGAUGAUCAUGAACCUUGUGCGGACGUUCUUCGUUUGCGUCGGUAUUGUUGCCGUCAUUGGUUAUACAUUCCCGCCCUUCCUUAUUGCCGUACCUCCGCUUGCCUACUUCUACUACCGUGUCAUGAUCUAUUAUUUGGCCACGUCCCGCGAGUUGAAACGCCUCGACGCCACCUCCCGGUCGCCGAUAUUCGCUUGGUUCUCGGAGUCGCUCAACGGCCUCUCGACGAUCCGCGCAUUCGAUCAGCAGGCCGUCUUCAUCGCCAACAAUCAGCGGCGCGUGGAUCGUAACCAGAUAUGCUACCAACCAUCCAUCUCGGUCAACCGUUGGCUGUCCAUUCGCCUCGAGUUCGUCGGCGCAGUCAUCAUCGUAAUUGUCGCUUUACUCGCUCUGACCGCGCUGUUCACCACCGGUGUCGACCCGAACAUCGUCGGCCUCGUCCUUUCGUACGCGCUCAACACCACAGGCGCCUUAAAUUGGGUCGUGCGCUCCGCCAGCGAAGUCGAACAGAACAUCGUGAGCGUGGAGAGGAUAUUGCAUUACUGCGGUUUGGAGAGCGAAGCGCCGGAGGAGAUUCCAGAAACAAAGCCGCCCUUCGAGUGGCCGAUCAGGGGAGAGGUCGCGUUCCGUGACUACUCGCUGCGCUACCGACCGGACUUGGAUUGUGCGUUGAAGAAUAUAACGCUCACCACCAAGCCCGCGGAGAAAAUCGGUAUAUGUGGGCGUACAGGCGCGGGCAAGUCGACGCUGCUCCUUGCGCUGUUCCGCAUACUAGAACCUGCGACCGGAACUAUAUACAUAGAUGGCGUAGACAUCACCAAGCAAGGCUUACACGAUUUGCGCUCGGCGAUCUCCAUCGUGCCUCAAUCUCCGGACCUCUUUGAGGGGACCAUGAGAGAAAACGUCGACCCCACGGGCGCUCACUCUGAUGACGAGAUUUGGACGGCGCUCAGUCAAGCUCACCUGAAGGAAUACAUAUCGAGCCUCCCGGGAGGCCUUGACGCCCCCGUGAGCGAGGGAGGGUCCUCGCUGUCGUCUGGACAACGUCAACUACUCUGCUUCGCUCGAGCUCUAUUAAGAAAGACUAAGAUUUUGGUGCUGGACGAGGCCACGUCGGCCGUCGACUUAGAGACAGAUCAAGCCAUCCAAGAGAUCAUACGUGGACCACAGUUUGCGGACGUGACGAUGUUCAUCAUCGCGCACAGGCUGAACACGAUCAUGCACUCUGAUCGUGUGCUGGUGUUGGACCAAGGAAAGAUCGCAGAGUUUGAUUCGCCGAAGGUAUUGUUAGAGAACAAGAACUCCGUGUUCUAUUCAUUGGCAGCCGAGACCGGCCUUGUUUGACCGUCAAAAAGGUGCUCUGGGCGUCGGCAUAGAGCCUGCACCGAACUGCAAGCGUAGAGCGUAUUUGUACAGCGUACUUGGCGCGUAGAAAGCUCGAGAACAAAACAGAGUUACUUCCGAU